AUGGCUUAUAUUAGAAUGCUGUUAUUGACUUUCUACUUCAUAGUGAAUAGUUUCGCAGCGCCUUGCCAACAGAAGGGGUAUCACAUGGUAACAUGCAAACCGAAUAGCUGUGAAAGAGUUGGUGUCAUAGAGAUUUGUGUUCAGUGUAGGGCAGGAGGGGUUCCUAUCAAUGGACAAUGCUCUCUAUUCGACACUUCUUAUGUUGCUGAAGCGAGAUGUACCAAAAGUGAUGGUACCGCUUUGACAAGUUCCGAUACUACCUGCGGAAAGUGCGGCGGUGAGUACUUUCUCUUCAUGGGAGGGUGUUAUGGCAUAAAGUAUAGACCUGGCAAUGAGAUAUGCACUAGGGCUGAUGAUGGAAAGUGUACCACUUGUAAUACAGGAAAUAGUGGUAAAUACGUAUUUAAGAAUGGAGACCCUAAUGCUGCGCCGGGAACAGAAUGCAUUCUGUGCCAUGAUACGAUGGGAGCAAAUGGAUAUACAGGAGUAGCAAACUGUGCAGAGUGUAGCCAUGCAGGAACUAGUUCUGGUGCUGCUACCUGUGGAAAAUGCCAGACAGAAUACUUUAAGAGUGGAGAUACAUGUACACCAUGUGGAGCUGAUUGUUGGAUUUGUGAAUCUACAGCUAAGUGCACAGUGUGCAAAUAUGGAAAAUAUAUAAAAGAAAAUGGUAAUGAUAGAACUUGUGUAGACACUAGUGGAUGUGGUACUGGUAACUAUGCAGAUAUAAGAACAAACGAGUGCAAGCCGUGCACGGACACAAGUGUCAAUGAAUGUGCUACGUGUACAUACAGUGACACCCUCAGGAAGCCCGUAUGCACUGGGUGUAAUAGUGGAGGAGCCAAGCCUCUCCUUAAGGUGGACCUCGAUGGGUCAGCGACGUGCGUUGCGGAGGGAGAGUGUGCAAGUGGCAAUACGCACUUCCUUGAACAAUCUCCAAAGGCUUGUGUCCCGUGUGGUGAUGCUAAGAAUGGUGGGAUUCUAGGUUGUAGCACUUGCUCCUCUAAAACUACAUGUACAAAGUGCCUCGAUGGAUAUUACAAUAGUGGAAAUGGUGGUACGGUUACAUGCACAGCUUGCGGUGCCAACUGUGCUACAUGCUCUGCUGCUGGCAAUGAUCAGUGCACUAAAUGCAAGCCUGGAUUCUUCAUGAAACAACCCGGCUCUGCUGGUAAGUGCUUCGCCUGCGACAGUAAAGCCGACAAUGGCAUCGAGGGGUGCUCCCAAUGUAACAGCGGCCUAACCCCUACAUGCACCGAUUGCAAGUCCAACUAUCGCAAGGAGGGAACCAAUCCGGUGAAGUGCACAAAGGCCUGCGAGGACCCCACGGCCUGCGGGGGGACGUCUGGGGCCUGCGGGGCGGUCGUCGUUGACAGCGCCGGGGCGUUCUCCCAGUACUGCUCGCUGUGCGGAGACCCCGCCACAUUCCCCAUCGAUGGCGUUUGCACAGGGGAUAAGGGCGGGAAUACCUGUGCCAAUGGCGUCUGCACCCGGUGUGCUGCCGGGUUCUUCCUCUUCAUGGGCGGCUGCUAUGAUGUGUCGAAGGCUCCUGGCAGUCACAUGUGCAAGAGCGCCGAGGGAGGGAGGUGCACCGUCCCUGGUGAGAGUGGUCGAUACUUCAUAGUCCCUGGAGCAUCCAGCACUGAUCAGUCUGUCCUGACAUGUAGUAACCCAGUAGGCACACUGACAGGUACUGGUAGUACCGCUAAGGCAUAUGUGGGGGUAUAUGGCUGUUCGGCAUGCACAACCCCAGUAGCUCCGUCUGAUGGUGGUAUGACUGCUGCUGUGUGUACAGCGUGUAACAACAACAAUAAGCCCAACCUGGCUGGCAGUGAGUGCCUCACAUGUACCGUUAGUGGAUGCUCGCACUGCAACAGGGAUGACAUGUGCUCCGCCUGCACAGAGGGGGGCAAGAGGCCGAACAUAGACGGCUCCCAGUGCAUCCCCUGCAAUAUCGACGGGUGCGUCAGGUGCAGCGAGGAGAACAAGUGCGGCCAGUGCGGGGGUGACUACAAGCUGGAGGGUGAGGCGUGCAUAUUCACCAAGCCCAGCGGGGGCAACAGGAGCGGACUCAACAAAGAGGCCAUAGCCGGCAUCGCUGUUGCUGUCAUCAUCGUCGUCGGGGGCCUCGUCGGUUUCCUCUGCUGGUGGUUCAUAUAUAGAGGGAGAAAGUAA